GUUGUGUCAUGUGUCUGAUGUCUGUGGUUCUGAGUGUUACUUUACAGUUUACACAUUGUUGUUAAAAUCUUGUUACUUUUUAAUUUGUAUGAAGUAUAACAGUAGUUGAAGAAGUCGUACGUGUUUUAACAGAAUAUAACAGGUUACUCAGUACUGUUAAGGUUAAGAAGAUCAAAAUGUCUAAGCAAUGGGGCCAAAAAGCCGAAGAACUGGAGAUUUCAAACAAAGUUGCUGGGUUGGGAUUGGGACAAAAAGGGUCAAAUCAGACAUCAGACACUGAAGAUGGUCCAGAUGCUGCUAAUCCGGCGGAGGCUUCACUUUUAAUGAAAAUAAUCAGACAAGGACUUGUUGAAUCUAAAUUAGACAUUGAAAUCCAAAGAAAAGAUCCCAAUUCUCCUUUAUAUUCUGUAAAAACUUUUGAAGCUCUCCACUUAAAACCAAAUUUACUAAAAGGUGUAUAUGCAAUGGGGUUUAAUGCUCCUUCUAAAAUUCAGGAAACUGCUUUGCCCACCCUAUUAGCAGAUCCCCCACAGAAUAUGAUUGCACAGUCUCAAUCUGGAACUGGUAAAACUGCUGCUUUUGUUUUAGCUAUGUUAAGUAGAGUUGAUGCAACUAAAAAUUAUCCACAAGUUUUAUGCCUCAGCCCUACCUAUGAACUUGCUAUACAAACAGGUGAAGUGGCAGCCAAAAUGGCAAAAUUCUGCUCUGAAAUAAAAUUGAAGUUUGCUGUACGAGGAGAGGAAGUGCCCAAAGGAACUAAAAUCACUGAUCAAAUCCUUAUUGGAACUCCAGGCAAAAUGCUAGACUGGGGUGUAAAGUUUGGGAUGUUUGAUUUGAGCAAAAUUAAAGUAUUUGUCUUAGAUGAAGCUGAUGUUAUGAUUGACCGACAAGGACAUCAAGAACAAUGUAUACGCAUCCAUAAAUGCUUACCAUCAACAUGUCAAAUGAUGUUCUUUUCUGCAACAUAUCAUAGUGCCGUCAUGGAAUUUGCAGAAAUCAUUGUACCUAAUCCCAUUAUUAUUAGACUACUAAGAGAAGAAGAAUCUUUAGAUAACAUAAAACAAUAUUAUGUAAAAUGUAAAAGUCCAGAAGAUAAAUAUAGAGCUAUAUGUAAUAUUUAUGGAGUUAUAACAAUUGGCCAGGCGAUUAUAUUUUGUCACACAAGGAAAACAGCCAGUUGGCUAUCAGAAAAAAUGUCAAAGGAUGGACACUCUGUAGCUGUACUGUCUGGUGAACUAACAGUUGACCAGAGAAUAGCUGUACUUGACAGAUUUCGUGCUGGUCUCGAAAAGGUGUUAAUAACAACUAAUGUUUUGUCCAGAGGUAUAGAUGUUGAACAAGUAACUCUGGUUGUAAACUUUGAUAUGCCAAUGGAUUUAAACAAAAAAGCUGAUUGUGAAACAUACUUACAUAGAAUUGGUCGUACUGGAAGGUUUGGUAAAGCGGGUAUUGCUAUAAAUUUGAUUGAUUCACCUCAAGCAAUGGAAAUUUGCUUGGAUAUUGAAGCACAUUUUGGUAAAAAAAUUCAGUUGUUAGACAUUGAAGAUGCUGAAGAAAUUGAGAAGAUUGGUGCAUAAUAAAUUUUUUAUUUCAGAAUUUCCAAUUAUUUUGCUUUAAUAUAGGGAAGAACAUUUGUAUCAUUGAAAAUUUUGCAUUUGUAUCAUUGUAAGCUUUAAAAUAAAACAAAACUAUUGUUA